GCAAUUCGUCAAAGAUAUCUAUAGACACAAAUACUUGCAGCAGUUCAUCACACUUAAUGUUGUCAACAAAUAUCUUUCAAUCUUUCAACCUAAUUGGUUCGUUACAGCAUUUUGUCUUAACGACAAUGUUGCCACUAAUCAUACAACAUACAUAGCCUCUACU